GGGAGAUAGUUUCUUUCCUUCUCUCUUUCCUUCAGAGUUUAUUUUUGGACUGUAAACUUUUUCCCGUAAACCAAGCGAACCUGCUAAUUUUAACGCCUUUGCCUUUGAGCUCUACUCCUUACCCCAGCGCACUCCACCCUACCCUACCCGCUCCCUCCCUCGCCCAGACCCUGGGUCUUUACCUGGAACUGCCAUGGCUCUGGUAAGAGGGGUCGCGGGACCCCUGGGCUUUCGAGAGGGCGCUCGCUUCCCGCUGGCCGCGAGGACAGCCCACAGCUAGGACGGCUUCUUCCUCCCACCGGCGCCGCGGCACCCAGGAGCAGAGUCCUGAGCGCUGACCAGCAUGAGCAACAUUUACAUCCAGGAGCCUCCCACGAACGGGAAGGUUUUAUUGAAAACUACAGCUGGAGAUAUUGACAUAGAGUUGUGGUCAAAAGAAGCUCCUAAAGCUUGCAGAAAUUUCAUUCAGCUUUGUUUGGAAGCAUAUUAUGACAACACCAUAUUUCAUAGAGUUGUACCUGGUUUUAUAGUCCAAGGGGGAGAUCCUACUGGUACAGGGACUGGUGGAGAUUCUAUCUAUGGAGCCCCAUUCAAGGAUGAAUUCCACUCACGGUUGCGUUUUAAUCGGAGAGGACUGGUUGCCAUGGCAAAUGCUGGUCCUCAUGAUAAUGGCAGUCAGUUUUUCUUUACACUGGGUCGAGCAGAUGAGCUUAACAAUAAGCACACCAUCUUUGGAAAGAUUACAGGGGAUACAGUAUAUAACAUGCUGCGACUGACAGAAGUAGACAUUGAUGAUGAAGAAAGACCACGUAAUCCACACAAAAUAAAAAGUUGUGAGGUUUUGUUUAAUCCUUUUGAUGACAUCAUUCCAAGAGAAAUAAAAAAGCCAAAAAAAGAGAAACCAGAGGAGGAAGUAAAGAAAUUGAAACCCAGAGGCACAAAAAAUUUUAGUUUACUUUCAUUUGGAGAGGAAGCUGAGGAAGAAGAGGAGGAAGUAAAUCGAGUUAGUCAGAGCAUGAAGGGAAAAAGCAAAAGUAGUCAUGACUUGCUUAAGGAUGAUCCACAUCUCAGCUCUGUUCCAGCUGUUGAAAGUGAAAAAGGGGAUGCAGCAGGAGAUUCAGAUGAUGAUGGAGAAUAUGGAAGUGCAGAGCAUGACGAAUAUGUUGAUGGUGAUGAGAAGGACCUGAUAAGAGAAAGAAUUGCAAAAAAGUUAAAAAAGGGCACAAGUGCAAAUGUUAAGACAGCUGGGGAGAGUGAAGUGGAGAAGAAAUCAGUUAGCCGCAGCGAAGAACUCAGAAAAGAAGCAAGACAAUUAAAGCGGGAACUCUUAGCAGCAAAACAAAAGAAAGUGGAAAAUGCAGCAAAGCAAGCAGAAAAAAGAAGUGAAGAGGAGGAGGCUGCUCCAGAUGGUGCUGUUGCAGAAUACAGACGAGAAAAGCAAAAGUAUGAAGCUUUGAGGAAGCAGCAGGCAAAGAAGGGAACUUCCCGUGAAGACCAGACCCUUGCGCUGCUGAACCAGUUUAAAUCUAAACUCACUCAAGCAAUUGCUGAAACUCCUGAAAAUGACAUUUCUGAACCAGAAGUAGAAGAUGAUGAAGGAUGGAUGUCGCAUGUACUUCAGUUUGAGGAUAAAAGCAGAAAAGUGAAAGAUGCAAGCAUGCAAGAUUCAGACACGUUUGAAAUCUAUGAUCCUCGGAAUCCAGUGAAUAAAAGAAGAAGGGAAGAAAGCAAAAAGCUGAUGAGAGAGAAAAAAGAAAGAAGAUAAAAUGAGAGUAAUGAUAAACCAGAACUAGCUGGAAAUGUGCCUGCAAUAAAUGGCCUUAAAACAGCCAUUGUUCCCAACAGCGUCACUUAAGGGUGUGAAAAGAAGCAUUUUUGAACUUGUUGUCUGGUUUUGAAAAACAAUUAUCUUGUUAUGUAAAUUGUGGAAUGAUGUAAGCAAAUGCUUUUGGUUACUGGUACGUGUUUUUUUUCCCCUAAUUGAGCUUUUAUAUUGCUAAAUUUGAAAUAAAAUCACUUUCCUUCUAGUUUACAUGUUAACCAUUUGCAGAAUGUACAAAUCUGUUUGUAUCUUUUUACCCUAAAAUAUGUGAAGGCUUCGUUUUCAAGAUUUUUUAUAAGACAUCUUUACAGAAAGAAUAUUUAAGGGAAACCUCUUUGGCAUUCUGUUACCACAGCACUAACUUUGAAAUACGAUUUUUAAAUUAUGUAAUAUAAAGAUUGAUGGUUUUGUCUUGCAUACAAAUAUCUAAAAAUAGCCAAAUCAGUAAGACUCAAUAGCCUUAAAUCUUAAGGAACCCCUAAGUGAAUGUUCACGCCUGUGUCUGGGCCAAUGCCUGGGUUUAAUUGAUGCAGUCAAGACAAUAACACACUAAGUAAUGUCAGCCAAGCUUAUUGCACACCCUGGCCUGACCCCAGGCUACCUGCUCACUCCUCUGCCCUUCUCAGCACAGCAACGGCAGGAGCACAUGCAGAGGUCCCAUCCUGGCAAUAGAACUCAUUAAGAAUUUAGCCUUUUAUGACAAUCAGUCCUGCUGGUUAUUUACUAUAUAUUAUCUGUACUAUUUAGUCAGUGUUUUCUAGAAUCUGAAUGCCAAGAUUAUACCACAGGUUAACUUCCAGUUACCUAGUAAAACCUCACCAGCCACGUCUUUUCAGGUAGUGUCUCAUCAGCUCUCUCUUUUGAAGUGGAAGCAACAGGCUUUCUUUAUAGCGCUUGCUCUCACAACGUAGCCCCAGACACUACACUAGAGCAGCAGCAGCAUCACUUACGGCCACGUUAGAAAUUCAAAUUCCUGCCAUACUACCCACCACCAUUAUCCCCAUCCAGACUAAUGAAUCUGAAACUUUGAUCAUAGAGGGCUUGUUAAACAGACCGCUGGCUUCACUGCUGGUGAUCCAAUCUUUGGAGACUGGCAAUAUCUAGUGAAGUUAAAAAUGUUCAUAUCCAGUGAUCCAAAAUUUCUAAUCCUAGGUCUGUUGCCUAAAGAAAUUCUCACACAUUGCUCAAGGGGACCUGUACUAAAUAUACGUUGAAGCAUCAACCAAAGAGUGGAUAAAUAAGUUAUUAUACAUCCAUGCUAUGGAAUAUUUUGUAAGCAGUGAAGAUUAAUAAGCCAGAGUUGUGUGUACUAGUUUAUCUUAAAAAUAAUGUGAGGAAUAGGCAAUCUCCUGUAUAAAAAUUUAAAACACACAACUCACCAUUAUAUAUUGUUUAUGGAUGUAUACAUGUAGCAAAAGUAUAAAAACAUAAAAACUAGUGGUUACCUCUGAGGAGGCAGAAGGAAUCCACAGGGGGCUUCAUUUGUGUUUGUAAUGGUUUAUUUCUUAAGACACAUGUUGGGUAGUCAAGCCUCAUUAUACUAUUCUCUUUACAUUUUGGUAUGCCAGAAACAUUUCAUAAUUUGUUCUUUAUGAUCAUAUCUAGAACCUGAGGUGAGAAGACAGGACACCCCCUUUCUUUUUUGCUUCAGAAGUAGGAGAAAGUUCCAAAGAGGAAGAGAGGGAUAUGAUAAAGGUGUUCUGGGGAACAGGUGCUAAGCCACCAAAAAAUAAGCCAGUGUUUGGAAAUGUGCUCUAUCUUUCCCUCACUGCCGUAAUAUCAAUUGUAUUACAGAUGUUCACAAAGCAAAAUAUUGUUUUCUACACUCACAAAGUCUCUGUUGUUUAUUAUGAAAAGUAUUAUUACCACUGGAUCUAUUUGUAUUGAAGUACCCCGUAGGUUUCUCUACCAUUCCUCCAAGACUGUGUCCACCUAAAACAGUGUGGUUUUAUCCCUAAAACAGAGGGAACCACAGGCCUCUAGGGCACAGCCAGAAGACUAGUAUUUAUAGGUUUAAAAAGAUAACUGAAUGACAAAAUUAAAACAGGUUGACUGAAUGCUCCUCAUCCUGCUUUAAAUUUCAAGGAGCAGAAAGAUCUGAAAUUCUACAGAGAUUAGAAUCUUACCAGAAUUUCACCAUGAUAAUAAAACUCAUUUUGAAUUUAACUGAAUAAUAGCAAUAACAAUUUUUUAAAAGCUGAAGAACAUGGUUAAAUUAUCUGUCAUAUAUAGUAUUAAAUGUGCUUAUAGUAAAAUCUUUGGAAAUGUCACAGGAACGUUUUUGGGCCAUGUGAAUUGCAAAAAUGAAAUAAAAUGAGUUCCAAGACCAAAAAAAAGAGAAGACAUAAGAAAAUUAGCCUGUAUAGUUCAUUCUAAUUUUAUAUUUAUUUGGAUUUAUUUUUCUCUAUGUACUUGCCCUAGGGAUGUUAUCCUGAGACCGUAAAGUCCGGUAGCCAUCUCCUUUGUUAUCUAUGGUGAUGCUGGGCAUUGUGGAGAACAGAGAGAAAAGCAACUCCUGGCAAUUUUUUUUUCUCAUUUUCUGACAAGCCAUUUUUUCACUUUGGUUGAAGCUGUCAGCGAGGUGAAAGUUAAAAUUAACUCUAGACCUCUCCUUUCUCAAUAGGUAAUUGAAGAAAUGCAGAUCGCUCUAGAAUUUUUAAUGGUAUAAUAUCAAAACACACAUUAUCACAUGCCCUCAGCUCUCUGUAUGCUCUGUGGCCACGCAGUCAGUAAUGCAUCUGCUGCAUCUAAAAAUGGGGACACCAUAGAAAAAGGUCAUUAAAAAGUGUGAGGAGAUGAGUGGUUUGCUGCUGUUGUUUUUAGAACAAGUUCAAUAAGCUAUGGUGUCCUUAUCAAACUGUCACUACCAAGUCUCUUGAUAGGAUCUGACGUGUGAGGUACAUAAACCUGUGCUGUUGUAUCACUGUGGCUUGAAUGGAAAAGGUUAGAUAAAUGCAGAAUAUUGCCCCAACAUGCUGUUUAAUCUUGGCGAUAACAAGAAAGAAAAUGGAUGUGUGAAGUGAGUUACCAUUGAGGGUUGUAUCAGUAUAAGCAAUUUGUAUGUACGGGGUGUAGAGAAGUUAAGAGGGGUUACAUUCUUUAACACCAUCAUUCACAAAAAAAAAAAAAAAAAAAAAAAAGGUCUUGUUUCUCUAUGGCUUUGACUCCUUUCCAGUGACUCUAUACAGUUUAUCAUGGGGUACCACUUCUGCUUACUAGAGACCAGGAGGUUUUCCUGUCUCACAUAUAUUUUAUCUCCUUUCUUUUAGCUUUUAAUGAAGAGAGGUGAAACAGGAGCCAUAUUUUAGAGAAAUCCUUUCUAAUAAGGAUUCGAUGAAAUCUGAAUUCCUAGAGAAAUAAAACACCAAAUCUUACUAAGAUGGGUAUUAGACAUCCCCUGCUUGUAGAAAGAAUACUCAUGUAUUCCCCCAAAUCUUCCUUGACAAAGCUAUACUCAAACAUCUUUGUCACAGGUGCUAAGGGCUGUGCUAAUCCCUGUGCAGAGUUUUCAGUGGUGUACAGCUAAAUUGGCUCCCUAAAAAAAAACAGAAAGCAAGAAAAGCCCUGCUUUGCAUCAUUUGCUGACUUCUGUGGUGUAAAUACUCUCACCAUGGCUGAUUUCAAGCCACCAAAGGUAGCUCCAGGAUACAACUGGUUAUUUUUCCCAUUCUGUUUCAUUGCUAGCUAAAAGCUUAUGUAGUAACUCUUGCACUGGCACUAAAGAACUCACAAAGGUUUUUAACCUUUUUCCAAGAUGACAACCUUCAGAAGUAUUUCUCUUUUAUGUAAAAAGAGGGGGGAGAAAGGAAGGAAAUGUAAUUAUAGUUCUUUGAAUUAUUCUCUGUAAGUGAUAAUGUACAAAUCCAUCAUUUAUAUUUUUUUGGAAGAUAUUUUGGGUUAGGGAUGGAGAAUCCUACCUGGAGGGAAGACUGGCUUCUAAGUGAAAUGCAGACAGGAAUCUGGUCUCUCUCCCACAUCUGCUCGGGAUUAUUCCUUUAAGUUUAGAUCAUGAUAUUAUUUCAUGUUACUUGAUCAGCAAAAACAUCUUCGGGAGGCUUUCUUCAGAGCACCAGUCAAAAAGAAGGUGUUCUUUGUCUUUUAGAAAAUUGUUAUUUUCUCAUUCCAUGAUGCCAGAAAUGAUAAUCAUUGCUGCAGUUCCAGAACUUUUUAAUAAUCAGGAUAAUUUUGAGAGCAGAAAACUCUUAAGUGACUUUCCCAUUUAUUUUCUGACUAAUCUAGUUGGAGCUUUAUUAUUCAAGUGUUUUAAUAACAAUGUAUUUGAAAUGAAGGCCAUCAUGUAUAGAAAGUAAAUGACUAAAGUAGUAUAUAUUCUAUGGCUAGUUCUCAACGGUUAUGAAUAAACUUAAAAUUUGUGAAUUA